UGUGGGGGCGAGAUCGCGGGUGAGAUUGGAGGCGCGGCGGGCACGGCGGACGAGGGCUGCGGCGGGAUGAGCUACUUCCUGGCGCUGAGCGAGGGCCACGGAGCCAGCGUGCUGUCGCGGUAUGAGCGGCUGCGCGGCGAGGGCCGGCUCUGCGACGUGGUGCUGGAGGCUGCUGGUGGCACCCGCUUCCCCGCCCACCGCGCCCUGCUGGCCUGCGCCAGCGACUACUUCUGGGCGCUGUUCCAGGAGCACACGCAGGAGCGCCACGCCCACACCGUGCGCCUGCUGCAGCUUAGCGCCGCCGGCCUCGGCUGCGUGCUCGACUUCAUCUACACCUCCUGCCUGCCGCUGUCGCUCGCCUCGCUGGAGGACGUGCUGGAGGCCGCCUGCUACCUGCAGGUGGUGCCGGCCGUCCAGCUCUGCAGCCGCUACAUCGCUGACAACCUCCACCCCGACAACUGCGUCUUCCUCGCCAACCUGGCGGCCCGCUACGGCGUGGCCGACGCCCUCUCCGCCGCCAACCGCUUCGUGGCGGGUAGGAUGGGGGCGCUGCUGGGGCACGGGGGGGACCGGGACGGGCUGCUGGAGCUGAACGGGGACUCGUUGCGGGAGGUGCUGGCGGCGGAGGACAUGCCGGGCGUGCGGGAGGGGGCCCUGCUGCGCCUCCUGCUGGACUGGCUGGACCGCAGGGCGUUGAGCAGCCUGCGGAGCAACCUGCUGCUCAGCCGUAUCCGCUUCGGGCUGGUGCCGCCGGGCGAGCUGACCCGCCUGGCCGCCGCCCGCCCCGCCCUGCGCACGCCCUUCAUCCGCAGCCUGCUGCAGAAGGCGUUGGAGUACCACCAGGGGGGGGCGCUGCAGCCGCUGCUGCAGAGCGAGGGCAGCACGCUGCGGUCCCGCGCCGCGCAGGUGCUGCUGGUGGGCGGGGCCGACCCCGAGGCCGACCAGCCCCUCGCCCAGGUGCUGACCUUCGACCCCCGCUCCCGGAGGUUCCGCCGGCUGACCGAGCUCCCUCGCGCGGUGCAGCACCACUGCGUCUGCACGCUGGGCAACUUCCUGUUCGUGCUGGGCGGGGAGGAAGUGGAAGUGGACGAGAGCGGGAAGCCGGCGGGCAGGGCGGUCAGCGGGCGGGUGUGGCGGUACGACCCGCGGUUCGGGCGCUGGGAGGCGGCGGCUGCCCUGGCGGAGGCGCGGGCACGGUUCUGCUGCUGCGUGGCGGAGGGGGCAGUGCUCGCUGUCGGGGGGCAGGGCGGCGGUGGCCGGCCGCUGGACUCGGUGGAGGUGUACAACAUGCGGGCGGACACCUGGCGGAGGGGCGUGGCCCUCCCCGCGGCCAUGCACGGCCAGGCCUGCGCCGCGCUCGGGGACCACGUCUACAUCUCCGGCGGUAUCCACGGCGACCGGCGCGAGGCCAGCCGGGAGGUGUACCGCCUGGACCCCCGCGGGGGCCGCUGGGAGAAGCGCGCCGCCAUGUCCAUCGCCCGCACCGGACACCAGAUGGCAGCGGUGGGCGGGAGGCUGUACUCCUUCCUGGGUGUGUACGAGCCCUUCUGCGACAUCGAGCGCUUCGACCCCGCCCUCAACGAGUGGACCCGCCUCCGGCCGCUGCUGCAGGACCGCUUCUGCUACGGCCUGGCCGCCCUCGGGGGCCGCGUGCUGCUGUUCGGGGGCAGGAAGUGGCGCGACGCGCAGGAAGUGGCCACGCCCACCGUGCUGGAGUAUGACCCGGAGAACGACAGCUGGCGGGAACUCUGCAAGAUGCCCGCGCCUCUGAGCGGGACACAGUGCGCCCUGAUGCACGUCCUCGACCCGGAGGAGACGUAAACCCCUGCCUGCCCCACACACACUCUCACACACACACACACUCAGACACAGACACACACACACAUGUACACACACA